GUUCCAUUCUUACAGUUGGAGCUUCCAUUAUGGCACUGAGAAACCCUACCAGAGCAGACUUGGUAGCCACAGUAGGAGAGUUGACGGGAGUAGAAGCUUUGAGAAGACUUCGAGAUCGACUCUUAAGUUCUCCUAAAGGCAAAGAAAUAUUAAAACAACGCCCAAGAAUAGAUGAAACGACAAAUAGUAUUUGUAGAGAUAAACUAAAGCUAUUGGAACCACAUACUUUUGGCUAUCGCUAUGAAGAGUUUCUUUCACACCAUCAGUUUUCUCCUUUAGAACGUCCACUAGUGCGCUUUAUUGAGGAUGAAGAAUUGGCAUACAUUAUGCAAGUAAGUAUCCUAAUCGUAUCUAUUUGCAGUGUUGAUGGACGUUUUGUACUUAGCGUUAUCGUGAAGUGCACGACUUUUGGCAUGUCUUGUUAGAAAUUCCUCCAACUGUCCAAGGAGAAGUGAUACUCAAGUGGUUUGAAGGUUUCCAUACUGGACUUCCUUUUUGUUUUUUGGCAGGAUGUAGUGGGCCUUUUCUAUUAUCUCAAAAGCAACAAGUUUCACUCGUACAACAUGAUAUUCCUUGGGCUUUUCAUACUGCAAGAAACUGUGUAGACUUGUU